AUGAAGAUCACAAUAAAAACUUUGCAACAGAAACAGUUUCAUUUAGAAGCUGAACCUGAGGAUACUAUCCUUACGGUGAAGCAGAAAAUUGAAGAAAGUCAAGGGCAUGCAGUUUCACUCCAAAAGCUUAUUUUUUCAGGAAAGGUUUUGGACGAUGGUAAAGCAUUAUCUUCAUAUAAUAUUACGGAAAAGGACUUUUUGGUAGUUAUGGUUUCGAAGCCACCCGCAAAACCAAACGUGUCUUCGUCAUCAAACAGUGGUUCAUCCUCAUCUAUUGCCUCAACCACUACCCCGCAACCUAACUUAACCACUAGCGCGCCACCGCCUACAGUGAUACAUCCACCCAUUGCCCCGAUAACUUCAACUCCUUCCACACAGGAAUCAGAACCAGCCCCGACAUCGACUCCUGCUAGUAGUACUCCUACUACUAAUCCACAAUCAAUAGAAUCACAUUUUGGCAAUGAGAGCGCUCUAUUAACCGGCACUGAUUACACAAAUGCUAUUCAAAAUAUUGUGGAGAUGGGAUUUGAUCGUGACCAAGUUGUGAAGGCCAUGCGUGCAAGUUUUAAUAAUCCUGCUAGAGCUGUUGAAUAUCUCAUGAAUGGUAUCCCUGAAUCUGCACAAAACGAACAAAUAUCUGCCGCUCCCGACCUAACAGAAAAUCAACCUGUCCCACCCACAACUGGAAAUACCGGUACAGCCACGCCAGGUUAA